UGAGGAGCAAGCAGAGUGGUGAACAAGCGAGAGAGACGCAGCCUGUUCGGCUUUCCCCAGCGCGCAGCUUUCGAGAUCAACACACCGCCGCCAUCCCAACUCAUCAUGUCGAACGAACCGGCGAGCCUGAGUCGUGGCACAGAAGUGAGCGCCAAAUACAAGGGAGCGUUCUGCGAGGCAACAGUCAAAGAAGUGAAGAAACUGGUGAAAUGCAAGGUUAACUUUAAGGGUAAAGGGAUACACACGAUUUCGGAUGAAUUCGUGAGGAGCAGCAAACCUCUAAAGAUAUCGUCCACCGUCGAGGCUAAGCAUCCCGAUGGAACAUACAGCGAAGGGACGAUUGUCAAACUGACCGACGCGAGUCAGUAUACAGUGGUGUUUGAUGACGGAGAUGAGAGGACGCUGCGACGCACGUCGUUGUGUCUGAAGGGAGAGAAGCAUUAUGAUGAGACGGAGACUUUGAAUCAUUUGCCUCUGACGAAUCCGGAAUAUUUCGGGACGCCUGUUUCGCAGGGUUCCGGGUCUGGCAAAAAGGGAAGAAAACGAAGGAGACCAAGUGCCUCGAGUGUUGACGAUGAAUUAGAUGACGACAUCUCAGACAUGAACGCAAGUAAGAAACUAAACUUUGGAGGACCAAAUGUCGGAAAGGUCGUGUUCAUCGAAAGUGGAGAAAGACGCAGGAACAUGUGGAUACCAGCCUUGGUUGUCCCUCGCUCUUUGGCUGAAGACUACGAUUUGUCAUCUACAGAUCAGUCUCUAGUACGAUCGUUCAAGGACGGCAAGUUUUACGUCGCUCAGCUCAGUGAAAUGAGAGACUUCUCGGAGGAUUCAGAGUUGUUGAUAUCAAUAGAGAAAGGUGAACUGCCUGGCAACAAGCAAGCGAAUCAAAUUGCUCUUCAGUAUCUCGAUACCGGGAAGUUGCCGUGGGACAUGCAGCUUGACCUACACAACGAGUCGGCUGAAGAUGAUGAAGAAUAUCACAGCAGGAAGGAGAAAUUUCUAGCUGCACUUUAUAGAUUUAUGAAUGACAGAGGAAGUCCUAUAGAGCAAGUGCCACUUUUUGGCAAUAACCCCAUUGACCUUUGUCGUCUGUACCAUGUUGUAAAGGAAAUUGGAGGAAUGAACGAAGUUACAAAGCAGAUGAAAUGGCCAAACAUUGUUUCACAAUUGAACUUUACUAUUUCAUCUCCAGCAUCUUCAGCUACUGUAAAGACAUUGUAUAGAAAGUAUUUGUAUCCUUUUGAGGCUUUCGAAGAUCGUGGCUCAGAUGCUGUAACAGAACACGAGGAAAGUCCAAUGCCAGAAGACCAACCCAAACCAAUCAGUGAAGAAAAACAAGACAAACCAGCUGAUAAAGAGAUCAUACAUCUCACCACCAAAGAGGAAGUAGCACAUGAAACAUCAAGUCAAGAGAUUGAAGAAAAUGUUGCCAUCAAGGUUGAGGAGAACAAAAAAGAGCAACAAGCUGUGGAUAUGAGCAGUCAAGAGGAAGAAGUCACACCAUGUGACCAAUACUGUGUCUUUGAUAACAUCAAAGUUAGAUAUGGUAGAGGAAGAUCUUCAACUGUUUAUGAGGCAAAAAUUGUAGAUAUCAAGAAAGUCAAAGGUACGGUGCAAUAUCUCGUUCAUUAUCCGGGCUGGAACUCACGGUUUGACGAGUGGAUACGUUGUGAGCGAAUUGAAGGUCGUAGCAGCAAACCGACAAGGAAACGAAUGGUGGCAAAUGGUCAACCUGCAAGGGGGAGAGGCAGAGGGUCAGUGAGAAAAUCUCGGUCUCAGUCAAUCCUACCGAUGGAAACAAAUGUUCCGUCUCAGUCGGCAUUGGCUCGAAAUGGACGACACGAGAGAAGAAUCAGCUUGGCAGAAAGCAUGCCGGAUUCUGUUUCAAGGAGCAGCAAACGGUGGAAGUACAACCGCACACAGUCAAUCGAUGGUGAUAAAGAAGCCACAGCUGCUGCUGACGAGUCCAAACCAGAAACACCAGAAACUGACAGCAAACAGACUAAACAAGAAGACGCAGCAUCAGCAGUUGAUAAUGUGGACGAGAAGGCAGAGAAGGUGGAAGUAGAAACGACCGAAAAAGAGAACGCAGACGUAACUGCCAACAACGAGGUGGAGAGUAAAGAUGCAAACGAGUUGAACCAACCAGACGUGCCACAGAGUGAGAUAUUCGACGAGGUCAUGUGUGAGUCGGAUGCCGUGGGCGUGGACGUUCCCGACGACGUGAAGAUCCGCGAAGCUGCUCUCACUCUCGGUGGCCUGCAGUACACGUCGCGUCAUCCGUCACCCGACAGUUGCGAAGUUGCUACGUUGUCUCAGUUACUGACGUCGUCGUCGUCGUCGGAUGCUCCGACUGCUAGCAAUGGUGAGACAUCACACAGUCCGGAUGAUACGUCGUCGGGUAGCAGUCUGAGACUCGAAUCGAAUACGACGCCUGUUGAUGUUGACGACUCGUUGCAGCUGUAUGCGUUGAGUCCUCCUGAAGUGAUGAAGCCUCCGGCUGUAGGACGAGGACGACGACAAGGCGGGAGAGGCCGAAGGAGAGGCGGACGGAGACGAGGCCCGGCACCUAAACUCACAAGGAAAGACUCCGAAUCGAGUCAUCGUAUCCACGGAUCAAUGAGCAGCUGCAGCAGCAGCGCAAACAGCGACAGUGAAGAGCUUGCCUUCUCACUUCCGGAUCUCUCAGUUGGCGACUUCUCACCGAACCCGAAAUACAUUGUUGAUUUCAGCAAUUCAUCGUAUAGUCCGAACGAACGUAUUGACAUCCUGCGAACGAAAAUCGAUGAGAUGAGACACGAAUACUCGAGUCUGAAGUCCGAGGUCUUGAAUAUUGACCGGAAACGGAAACGAGCGAGAAAACGGUUGCGAGAACGGCAGAGAGCUUUAGCUGGGGAAGAGGUGAAGAGAGAAACGUGACGUAUUGGGACUUUUUUCACUUUUGUCUGUAAAUGAGAGGUUAGAGUAUGGCUAUUAGGGUUGAGAUCUUGAAUUUUAUUGUUUGUCGGAUUUAUGGCAAUUUACACGGUGAUGACUUCUGAGUUCA